AUGAGAUUCAAUUUCGCGACCGCCGCAGUGCUCGCUCUCGGCGCACAGUCCGUCACCGCCAGCACCUGGUUCAGCAAAGCUGCUUAUAACAAGUGGCAUGAGACUGAGUUGGAGAGAUGGCUCUCUGACCACGAUGUCCCCUACCCCACCCCUGCCGACCGCAAGGACCUCGUCGAUCUGGUCAAGAACAACUGGAACGACAAGCUCGCCCAGCCCUACAACACCUGGGACACCAAGCAGCUCCAGAACUACAUCGCUAGCUCCGGCCAGCAGGUCAAGAAGGGCACUGAGCAGAACAAGGACAGCCUUGUCAGCCAGGUCAAGUCGUACUGGCACGAGACUGCCGACCAAGCCUCGGACGCCUACUCUUCCGUUCAAGAUUGGGUUUUCGACAGCUGGACCGAGUCGCAGCUGAAGUCCUUCCUCGACUACCACAGCAUUCCUAACCCCUCUCCUCGCACCCGCGACUCCCUGCUCCACUCUGCUCGCUCCAACUACCAGUCCGUCGCCAAGAAGGCUGGUGAGACCUCUGCUUACCCCGGCAACUGGCUCUACUCUUCGUGGGCCGACUCUGACCUCAAGGCCUGGCUCGACGAGCGUGGCAUCCCUGUCCCUCAGCCCAGCACUCGCGACAAGCUGAUUGCUUCCCUUCGCCGUAACUCUCGCACCGCCUCCAACCAGGCCGCCAAGGCUGCUUCCUCUGCUUCUGCUUCGGCCGCCGGUGCCCAGCAGUCCCUGUCUGAGCAGCUCCUCAACUCUUGGUCCGACAGCCAGCUCAAGCAAUUCUUCGACAAGAACGGCAUCAAGGUUCCCCAGGGCUCCAAGCGCAACGAGCUGAUCGCUCUCGCCCGCAAGCACAGCGCUAAGCUCUCCGGUGACAACGUUUCCGCCUCGGCCUCUUCGCUCUACGGCGAGGCUUCCAAGUCUGCUGGCUCCUCUGCUCACUCCGCCACCAACGUUGCUGGCAGCCAAUUCGCAUCUGCUACCGACUCCGUUUACGGAUCUGCUCAGUACUGGUUCGACUGGGCCAAGGCUCAGGUCGGCAUUGGUGGUGAGGAGGCCAAGGCUUCCCUCGCCUCCAUCUCGAGCGUCGCCUCUGCUUCUGCUUCUUCUCUUUCCAGUUACGCUUCCGCCUCCGGCUCUUCAGGCUAUUACGCUGCCACUGACGCUGCUGCUGCCUCCGCCUCGUCCGCUUCGAGCGUCGCUGGCGACUAUGCCAACAGCGCCUACGAUGCUGCUGCUGCCUCUGGCAAGUCCGCCACCGAUGCCGCUGGCAAGUCUGCUUCUUCCCUGUCUGGUGCUGCCGCCAAGUCCGCCUCUUCAGCAUCCAGCGCCGCCUCGGUUGCUGCCUCCAAGUCGUCUUCAUCGCUCUCGAGCGCUGCUGCCAAGUCCGCCUCGUCGGUCUCUGCUUCCGGACCCAAGUCUGCCAGCAGCGCUGCCAGCAGUGCCUCCAAGGGCGCCGCUGGUUACGCCCAGCAGGCUGCCGACGCCGUCAGCGAGAACGCCAGCUCGGCCAAGCACAGAGCCUCAGAGGCUGCUCAGCGCGCCACCGACCGUGUCAAGGAGGAGCUUUAA